AGAAAGGACGCUCCUCCCCAACCCCAUCCCCGCCCCCGCGGGCUCGGAAAGCUGAGGAGAAAGGACUUGAUUGGGAAGCCGCCUCAGAAAGGACGCUCCUCCCCAACCCCAUCCCCGCCCCCGCGGGCUCGGCGGGUUGCGCUGCUGCGGUGCGGUGAGACGCGGGGGCACGGACGGAGGCCGCCACUGGAUCUCGUGGAGCUGGCCCGCGCCGAGAGCGAUCAUGAGCUCUAGAGGCCUUGUCCGCCUCCCGGUGAGCUCUCCCUCGUUUGUCCGUCUCCGUGUCGGUAGCUGUUGAUUGGAUUUGGUCGCCGAGUGAGGGCGCGAGGACGCGGAGGGGAAAAGUUCUUGCCCUCCGGAGUUCGAAAACAAGAUGGGAGAGGAUCGGGAGGAAUGGAUCGAUUUUCUUGCCUUAUGAAUACCCCCAGCAUGAGUAUCGGAUGCACAUUUCAAUUGAAUAUUCGGGGCAUAUACGUUUGCUUUUUUAAGUCUGAUAAUAUUUGUACCAACAUUUUCACAGAGCCAUUGUAAUGUUUCCUGUAGUGCUGCUGUUGAUGGAGUCAAUGGAUGCCUCACCUACAGUACAUGUCGUUCAAGAAACUACUACUAUCAGUAUUCUCAUACCACUAACUUGCAAAUUUCACCAGUAGACCAGAUGCCUUUGCCUCGGAAAUUAAAGAAAUCAAUUCAGCGAAACGCUUACUUUUUAACCCAGAAGAGGAAGCUCGUACCACACUGUUCAUCAGACCUUAGUACCUCCUGCAGAGGAGUGCCCAACUAUUUAUCAAUCAAUGUUUUGCAAGACCAAUCAAAUACAAAACAGGGAGCUAUUCGUAAAGCGCUUGUCAUUUUGAAUCCUAAUUCUGGAUUCCGCAGCUCUCGGGAUGUUUUCUACCAGAAAGUGCAAUCAACAUUGAAGCUUUCAGGCUUCAAGAUGGAAGUCAUUGAAACAGCAUAUGCCGGGCAUGCAAAGGUUCUUUCUUCUACUGUUGACCUCAAAAAAUUCCCUGAUGGUAUUAUAUGUGUUGGUGGCGAUGGGAUCGUCAAUGAGGUUUUGAAUGGAUUACUUAGUAGAGACGAUUUUGACGUGGCAAUUCGAUUUCCCAUUGGGAUAAUACCUGCUGGUUCUGAUAAUUCAUUGGUGUGGACUGUUCUUGGCAUCAGGGAUCCUGUUUCUGCGGCAAUCGCUUUAGCUAAGGGGGAUUUCACACCAAUAGAUGUGUUUGCCGUAAAGUGGAUCCAAGCUGGAGUGACUCAUUUUGGUUUGACAGCUUCCUACUAUGGUUUCGUAGCUGAUGUUCUGCAACUGUCAGAAAAGUUCCGCGUGCAGCUCGGUCCCUUCCGUUACGUUGUUGCUGGCCUUCUGAAGUUUCUUUCAUUACCCCAGUACAGAUUUGAGGUGGACUAUCUCCCUUCAUCGCUGCAGGGGAGAAGUUCUGAAUCAAGACCACUGGCUGAAAAACGUCACGAACAGCUUUCUGAUGACGGCAAGGUUAGGAGAGGCACACAGACCAACGGUAGGAUCAAAGACGACUGGGUUACCAGGAACGGGGAGUUUCUUGGCAUUUUUGUUUGCAAUCACUUCUGCAAGCCUGCCCAGGGGUUACUUUCUCCUGUUAUCGCACCGAAAGCGCGGCACGACGACGGCAGCCUGGACCUGAUUCUCGUCCAUGGAAGCGGCAGGCUGAGACUGUUUUGCUUCUUUGUUGCCUAUCAGCUCUGCUGGCAUCUUCUACUCCCCUACGUGGAAUAUGUCAAGAUAAAAGAAGUGAAGGUUAGGCCAGUUGGCAGUACCCACAGUGGUUGUGGCGUCGACGGUGAGCUUCUUGAUGGAGAGCGCGGUGCUGAAUGGCAGUGCUCGCUGCUUCCAGCACAAGGCAGGCUGCUUGGCCAGGAUCCCGGUGCUUUCAACUAGUUAGGGCUCGUUCGGUUAGCUCUCAAUCCAUGUAGAUUGAGUGAGAUUAGAUGAGUUUGAAUCCCAAACAAGUCAAACUUCUUAAUUUUUUCCAAUCCCAUCUAAUCCAUGUGUAUUGGGAAUAACCGAACAAGGCUUACUGUUUUAUCUGUCCAGCAGUACCGAGGUUGUUGGUUAAUUUCAUGAUAAGAGAGCGAGUUUCAGCAAUGUUCGUAUACUGAUUAUACAGUAUUCUGUCUCUAUAGAUUGUAGCUGCAGCAGUCUGAACAACUGAUUUUAAUUUUUGGCCACUAUUUUCGUAUA